AUCGCGGGUGAGAAAGGAGGCGGGCGCGAUCUCCCUUUUUUGGGGGGGGGCGGGAAGGAAGGAAAGCGCGCCCAACCAAGCUCAUGGAGGACGCCAACGUACGACGGGUCUACCCAGCUACGACGGUUGACUUGUUCACGAAGAACCAGAACCUCCAGCAGGAACUGAUGCUCAGGUUGUCGGAAGGCCAGUACGUCUUAUGCCGCUGGACCGAUGGCCUCUAUUACCUCGGCAAGAUCAAGAGGGUGAGUGGGUCAAAGCAGAGUUGCUUGGUGACCUUCGAAGACAGCUCCAAAUUCUGGGUGUUGUGGAAGGACAUCCAACACGCGGGUGUGCCGGGCGAGGAGCCGAAGUGUAACAUCUGCCUCGGACGGACGACGGGACCGCUGAACGACAUCUUGAUAUGUGGAAAGUGUGGACUAGGUUACCACCAGCAAUGUCACAUCCCUGCGGUGAGCAACUGCGAGACUCCUUCGGUGACUCCGUGGUUCUGUCGGAGGUGUAUCUUCGCCUUAGCUGUACGGAAAGGGGGCGCUCUCAAGAAAGGCGCCAUCGCCCGCACCUUACAGAUGGUGAAAAUGGUUUUGUCGUACAACCCGGAGCAGCUGGAUUGGGAUUCGCCCCAUCGCACCAAUCAGCAACAGUGUUACUGCUACUGCGGCGGCCCCGGCGAGUGGUACCUGAAGAUGCUCCAGUGCUGCCGCUGCCGACAGUGGUUCCACGAAGCUUGCACCCAAUGCCUCAGCUAUUCGAUGCUGUUCGGAGAUCGGUUUUAUAUUUUCUACUGCUCGGUAUGCAACCAGAGUCCAGAGUACAUCAAACGGCUGCCCUUGAGAUGGGUCGACGUAGUUCACCUUGCACUGUACAACCUGGGCGUGCAAAGCAAGAAGAAAUACUUCGACUUUGAAGAGAUCUUAGCCUUUGUCAAUCACCACUGGGACCUUUUGCAGCUCGGCAAGUUGACUGGAACCCCUGUGGCAGAACGAGGACCUCACCUUCUGGAUGCACUAAACAGCUACAAAAGCAGGUUUCUAUGCGGGAAGGAAAUCAAGAAGAAGAAAUGCAUUUUCCGCCUGCGGAUCCGGGUCCCGCCCAACCCACCAAGCAAGCUCCUGCCUGAGAAGGUCCCAGGACUGGUCAAUGGUAGAGCAUCUGCGCCAAAGAAAAGAGGAAGACUUAAGUAUUCCUCUCAAAGCAGUUCAGUGCCCUGUGAGCUCCACCAAGAAAGGAGGCGGAAAAGAUCGAAAUUCCUUUUGGAGGACGCCAUUCCCAGUAGCGAUUUCGCUUCGGCUUGGAGCACGAACCACCACCUGGCCAGCAUCUUUGAUUUCUCUCUGGACGAAAUCCAGAGUCUUAAAAGUACAAGCUCGAGCCACACUUUCCUUUCCGACGUGGAUUCCACCGACGCCGUCAGCACGUCUGGUUCAGCGACCACCAGCCUGUCUUACGAUUCCAGGUGGGAAGGCAAGAGUGGUGAAUUGACGAACUGUUUCUUGAUUCACCCGUUGUCGUCUUAUUUCUGCCCCGCUGUCCCCCCCCCCCAAUGUUUGCGACGCAGCGAGCAGAUCUCUUUGUGCGUCGCCAUCCUGGAGCGGCUCCUCCAAGUCAUGGACCCCUUGUACGUCAUCCGAAACUAUGGGGAAGAACUACAGAAAGGCCUCUUCCAUCCCGAUGAUUUGGUCAAGAUUCUGACAAUAUCCCAGAUUGGAAGGAUUGUUGAAGACCCCGAUGCUAUUCAGGAGAUCCUUAACACCCCCGAGUUGCUGAGGCAGAUCAUUUACUGCAUCGCGGCAGAGAAGAUUGGAGUAGCAAAGGAGGCCAUCAAGUCACUAUCCGGGGUAGCCCGAACCCCUGAAGGCUUGGAGGCUUUGCUUGCGGGAAACUUACUGAUCGACUUGAAAAAAGUUAUGAGCAAGAGUGACAUCAUCCGUUAUCGCGUGUAUGAGCUAGCCAUCGGGAUUGCCUCCGCGUCUGCGGAUUCUCUGAACCACUGCGUGAACAGCGGACUAAUAUCGGAGCUGAUUGGUGAAUUGACGGGGAAUGACGUCCUAGUCAGAGCUACGUGUAUAGAGAUGGUGACGUCACUCGCCCAAACCCACCACGGGCGCCAAUAUCUGGCCCAGCAAGGAAUUAUCGAUAAGAUUUCCAAUAUCAUCAUCGGGGCCGACUCAGAUCCCUUCUCUGGCUUCUACCUGCCCGGCUUUGUGAAGUUCUUUGGCAACCUGGUGGUCGUUGACAGCCCCCAGCAGAUCUGCGAGCGGUAUCCCGCCUUUCUGGAGAAAGUCUUUGGCAUGGCGGAAGGCCAGGAUCAGACCCUGUUUGGCGUGGGGGUGGACACCUUGAGCAUCUUGGGCUCAAACGUGGAGGGAAAGCUGGUGCUGCAGAAGAAAGGAAGCAGAUUUCACCAUGUGCUGAACAGAAUUGGACACCAGGCAAAAAACGCCCCAACGGAACUGAGGAUCCGCUGUUUGGAUGCCAUUUCUUCUCUGCUGUACCUGCCGCCAGAACAACAGACGGAAGACUUUCUGGGAAUGACAGAAUCCUGGUUCUUCUCCCUCUCUAGCCAGCCCUUGGAGCUUUUCCGCAGCAUCAGCGCCCAGCCGUUCCCUGACCUUCACUGCGGUGCCUUGAGGGUCUUUACCGCUAUUGCUAACCAGCCUUGGGCCCAAAGGUUGAUGCUGGCUAGCCCCGGUUUCGUGGAAUACCUCGUGGACCGAUCCGUGGAACCGGACAAACCCUCGAAGGAAGCCAAGUACGAACUGGUGAAGGCGCUGGCCGAGUCAAAGACCAUCGCCGAAAUCUUCGGCAACCAGCAUUAUUUAAGGCUCCGGGCAUACCUGCGCGAAGGGCCGUACUAUGUCAAGGCCGUUUCCACCACGGCUGUGGAGGGAGCAGAGUAACAUUCAGAAGACUAGCUUUAAACGGCUCCCUGAUCGUUCCAGCGUUGGAAAGAUGAUCUUGGGGGGUUUUGUGGAGUGGGUUUGGUGUGAAGUUCAAAGGCAAAACAAGAAUCUGAGGAGGAAUUGGCGUGGUGUUUAAAUUCAAAAUGUAAUUAAUUGGCAAGGAGGACACCCACAUGAACAUGUGUGUAUUCACCCGUGUAGAUACACUAGAACCAUGUUAUCCGUCAGGGAUUGGUUCCACAUAUAUACAAAACUCGGAUUCUGGAAAAUGUGGAUAUAGAAAACCUAUAUAAGCUGUAGUAUCUGGUUCCCUCUAGUGGCCAGUUCCAGUAGUACACCGUGGAAACAUAUAUUUCUGGAUUUUUAAAAUUUAAUAUUUUUAGGCAGUGUAUAAGAGACCGUGGAUACUGAUCCCGCAGAUAUUGUGAUCUUACUGUAUCCUGUCUUCCAUGAUCCAGUUUACGCGUGGUUUAAUCCAUACAGCUGACCAAAAUUCUGACGUGCAGCUUAUUUGGGAGCAAAUUGCAUAAGGGGGUGGUGGUCUUUCCCAGGGAAAUGACCAACCCAGUUCCUAAGAAACUUGUUCUGCAUCAUGUAGUGACUCUCUUGGUUAAGCCCGGGCAACGUGGAGGUUUGGCUGGCCCGUUUCUGCCCCCCAACCUUCCCUGCAGGCUUCACUGAGCCCAGGCGAGGUCAGAAAAGGAGAACUAUGAAAAUGGACACCCAUUUCUCCGUGUCGGUGGGAGUCGCUGGAACUGUCUAAACGUUGAUCCUGAAAUCUUUCAGGACCAGGUUGAACCCUUGCUUGUUGAUCUUUUGUCAACAUCGGGGAGAGAGUUCCUGGGGGAGGGGGUUCCUGGCUCUUUAAGGAGUGCCUUUGGAGGCCCACAUGCCACGCGUGGGGGUCUUGAGUAAGCCCUUCCCUUGGCAGUAUCUCAAUGUGCCGGAAAACCACUUCAACAGCAUGCCUGGGGUUUUUUAAUACUUCAGGAUAUUUCCUUCCAUUUCUGGAAAGCCUUGAUCUGUAUUCCAUGCUGGUUUGAAAAUGAUGUUGUAAGACUCCCCUUGCCAUCAUUAUGAGGCAUGCUUUUACAAAUGCACUUAACACCUACCCCCCCCCCUUUUGUUCAUACAUCUCUGGUUUCAAGAGUGUGCUUGCCUGUCCCUCUGGAUAAGGGCUUAACCAUGUUGUGUAACGCUGGCUUUCCGAGGCAGAAUAAAGGUUGUUAGAACAAGGCGA